AUUCAUGUCCACACGCAUAGGCAACAAUAGGCUUUAAAACAUGCAUAAAUCCACAGAUCCACCUUCUCAUCUUAGCCGCAAGACGAUGAUGAAGACAACACAUGCUUUCCUCUUCUCCCUUCCUUUGGGACAUAUUUGAUGUUCUAACUCCAAAUGAUCGUCUACUGAGAUUACCAAUCAUGAAUCGGCUUUUCUUUGACCAGGACCUAGCUCCAUGAGAUAUCAAUGGAGUUGAGAGUUCAAAAAAGCAUCUUCAUCAUCAGAACUUGUACGGUCCAAAGAAGAUGUUUGUGUUUGGAGAUUCUUACGUCGAUACCGGAAACAUAAAGAUGCACGAAGCUACUUCAUGGGAAGUCCCUUAUGGUAUCACAUUCCCCGGUAAACCCUCGGGCCGUUUCUCAGACGGCCGUGUCUCUACCGAUUUUCUAGGGCAUCCCGGCAUUCACGAAGAAAAUCAUCAAUCAAACCGAGGUGAAUUUGAGGCGGAUCCAUGCAUUGGGAGUGAAAAAGAUAGUAAUACCGUUAUUGCAUCCGCUCGGACACUAGUGGCCAAGCUCAACAAGGAGACCGGGCUUUCGACUUUCAUGUUCAUUGAUUACUACAAUGCCUUCUUAACCGUCUUCAAGAACAAAGGAGAGAUUCCAGGGAGUACGAGGUUUGAAACUCCGUUGAAAGAGUGUUGCGGAGGAAUUUGUGGGGUUGUGGACGAGAAAGGUCAGAAGAACUAUACCUUAUGCGAUGAACCUAAGUCUGCUUUCUUUUGGGAUGCACUUCACCCUACUCAGGAAGGAUGGAAAUCGGUUUACGCGGUUUUAGGCAAAAAUCUAACUGCAUCUCUGAUUAAGGCGUAAAUCCACUUAUCGUGAUCGAAAAACCGAAAGGGAUUCGAGAUUUCAAAAUAUCUUCAUCUGUAAUUCAGUGUGCUUUCUUCUCUUAUAGUUGUUAUUUUCUAUCUGUGUGUUGUGAAGAAUAAAAAUGUGUAAAUUUA